GAACGUGAACAGUGCAUGCAGCUGGAGGCCAAAAAUCAGGCUUUGCAGGAAGAGCUGUCUACCCUGAGUGGGAAGUGCGAGAACCUGGCGAUGGACAAAUGCCAGCUGCAAGAAGAGCUGGCAAAACUCCGGCACCAUUUGGAGACCAAUGUGGUGGAUCGCAGCCAACUGGAACAAUGUAAAAGAGAGGUGGAAGAACAAGCAGACCAGGAAAUAAGACAAAAACUCCAAGAAGUCAAUGAGUUUUUGCAAGCACAGGCAGCCUACCAGGACACACUGGAAGAAAUCAGAAGCAGUCAUUUGGACUCACUGAAAAACCAGUUAGAAGACAGAAUUAGAGAUCUGGAACGUGCACUGGGAAGGAGAAAAAGCAACCCACCAGAAAGACCUUUUCAGAGAGAAUCCACCCGGGCAGAAGUGGAAAAGUACAAAGAGCUGUAUCUGGUGGAAGCCAAAACCAGAAAAAGCCUCGCCAAGAAACUGGAAAGAGCUAAUGAGAGACUUGCAGAGGCCAACACCAAGCUCCUUUGGGAGCACCACAGAAGCAGAUCUGCAGUCCCAAGCAGCGCUGUCAGCAGACAUCUGGCUGCAAGUCCACUUCUGGAUUCAACUGGCCUGGGACUUCUUGGCAUCAGUUUGGGACUGAGCAGAAAUCUGGGUCUCAGAACACCACCCAGACACCUGUGGUAAAGCCCAAGACUUCUGCUCAUCAGGACAUCCUGUAAGGGACCGUUCAGAUGGAUGGAAUGAAUUGCUUCCUUUCCUUAAUUUCGACCUCCACAGCCUAGUAGCCAGUUUCCUUAAUGGUGGCCUUCAAGGUUUGGUAGCAAAGACUCCUAAGAUCAGCUCUAACCCCUCCCUAAAUUGUUCAGCGACAAUGAUCCUAGUGGUGAAGGCAGCGAAAAUGCCACUUAAAAUUGGAAAGGUGGUGCUGCAUUGGUGCCCUUGUUGUAAGAAAGGCCAAAGCUCGAAAGGAAUCGCUGGAGCUUU